AGAACUGUGGCGUACCUGGUGAACGUGGACACGACAGUCCGCUUUUCUACUUAGAAGAGCUUCGAUCUGACGAAUAAAGAAGCAAACAAGAUGAGAUCAUCGUUUUUCGAUGCGCGGGAGUACGAAUCGAACAGACAGCGCGUGCCCGGGUUUGUCAUCCGCUUGCAGCAAGAUGAAGCAUACGAGGAUCUUGGUGGUCGAUCUGAGCAGGUGUCUGCGGACGUGCCACUCGCCAGUCUCUUCGACGAUGCGGUUUACUUGCAAAUCCCACCAAGUAAAGCGUCUUUUCGGCACAACAUCUUGAACAGAAUCGACGAGCAGAACGAGGACGGCGAAGCUGCUGGGAUUCGUCAAAAGAAACUACUGUUCUCGGACGCGCAAAUGCACGUGUGCCACAACUGCGACCGCGAACUGUUUCUGGGUUCCGCGAGUACUGGGGGCGCAAGUCUGCCUGUUCUGCUCGCGAGCUCGUGGCUGGAGACAGCGCGGCGGAGUGCAAGUACUUCCAGUUCGUCAGGCGGGAGCAGAGCACGUAGACACAGCGGACGAGGAGAAGAGCAAGAAGGUCGCUCCACAGCUGCAGUGCCUUUUUUUCCUGCGCGUCCAGCUUCGCACCUUUUCGGUGUGCAGGUGUUCGAGGCCAAUCCUUCGGGGGUCGUCGAGCGAGACCUUUUGGCCGAGCUUCUGUACAAUGACAGUCGUGCGGACACACGGUGUUUCUUCGAGGAGUGCCAUACGGAGUGUUUCGUCGAUCCAGCGCGGCUCAGUAGUCUGCUUAGUCAAGUGGACAGCAUGAUAGGCAGGAAGGCGCGUGAUGAUAAGGGAGAGCUCCUUCCUGGAGGGGGAAGUGCUUCCCGGUAUGAUGAAAUCGUGCAGCAAAGAACUGUAGACCCCAAAGAUGCUAUUCCGCCUACUAGUCUCGACCAAGCGUGCAUCCGUGUGGGGUUUCUCCGGUUGCCGCAAUGGGGUCCAAGCGUGCUGCUCGUGGGAAAAAAAUCGCAGUUUCUCCCCGUGCCAUAUACGAUGCUGCAGGAGAGGAGGCCAAGCUUGUUUCACCGCCAAGAACAAGCCGUCGGAGAAAGUGAACACGGGAUGAGCAUGUUCUUAGCAUCACAAUCGGCGCGCCGGCACAACGACCGCCGUCCUGAUGGUCGCAGCCCGAGAAACUUGCAUUUGCAGGCCGGUUCACCAGGCGAAGGUUUCUCUCCGUCCUCCUCCCCCGGCGCGGGUUCUGCCCUCAUAACCCCUGCGAGCUCCCUUGUGCGUUACAACCGAGACUACAACAGGAGAGGCAAUACCCGCAUGCAGAUGCCAACGCGUUCGCCGUCGCCCGGCGACGCGAGUUACCUGUCAUCCCCGAGCAGGCACACGGACAGAGCCGCGGACGACAGGAGACGCCGGGAAUUCUACGAUUCACCAGAAAGCCAGAGUGUUCAUGCAAGGGACAACUUUUCCUCGCGCCCCGUCGUACAACAACGUCCUGCCGGCGGCCCCGUGCGGCGGCGGAGUAUGCAGCCUCUCCCAGACAGUAGUUUCCUGUCUACUCUCUCAAACCCGGCGCCGGAGCAGUACGAAGAUCAGUAUUUUGAGGAUGACGAUUCAUAUGAAUUUCGAAAUCAUCGAGGAAUUAUUUCUAGGCGGCCACAGCCUCCGACUGGCAAAGGCUCCCACCGUCCCGAAGUGUUCCGUGUCAAGAACAAUUCCAUGUCCCCGGCGCUGUCCCCCGGAGCGGUUUUGGAGCAGCUGCGACACGAUCGAAACCUCCGCGGAGCUGAGGCGUCGCAUUCGCGGUCACCGCAGCUGUUUUAUGGGGAAAAAGGUUCCUUCCCCUACAGAAGCGAAGGUGAAAUAGCCACGCACGUUCAUCAUCAUCCAUCGCAGUCUUCGCAUCCGCGUGCUCCACCGACGUACGAUGGCGGCGCCUCUUCCCUUCCGGAAACCAGUAAGACCACUGUCAUUUCCAGUGCGGUGGAAGAAGCCGCGUCAAAAAGCGACUUCGUCUAUUCGAAAAGCAUCGUUUCUCAUUGGUGUGUUUUUGACCGAGGGCCAGUGCGAAAAAAGGCUAAGAGCAGUCCGAAGAGGCAGAACAGAUCACCGCAAUUUACAGGAACGGACACGCAAUCCGCUUCGCCCGAGGACACAGCUGCGCAAGGAGGCGUCAAUCUGCAAGCACUGCAGGAAUCGGAAGCCGCAGACCGGCUUUUGGAGGAGAUCCGCACGAGAAACCGCGUGCCCUACAUCCAGCCAAUUCUGUACCUCCAGAAUCCGAAUAUCGCUUCGCUGCAGGCACAGAAGAUCGCAACAGCGCAGGAUCUCGAGGACCUCAACGUGCUGGCGUCUGAGGUGCUUUCCCGAACAGCAGGUAGUUAUCGUGGAGCCGGAAUGUUAGAUAUGAGCGAUUCCUCACAACUCGUGGAUGUGAAUACCGCAUCCGCACAGCAAUUGCAAUCAGACAAUCAGAAGCAGCACCUUGGCAGCACGCUUGCUACCGAGAUUCACCGCCAGCGGCAGUUCCUGGAACUCAAGCUUGCCCUCUUCGACCGGGAUGGGUUCUUGAAGAAGGCCACAUCGUCGAGGUCGCCUACAAUUUCUGGCCGCACGGGUCCGAACGAAGAUUCUCACACGUCGACCACUCCCAGAAAAGGUCUCAGUCCUGCAGAUGGAACUUCUUCAGAUCAACACGUUCGAAGGAAGGAUGGAACGCCGCGGUUCAAGCGGAUCCUGCGACUGCAAGAUGUGAACGAUUUUUCGUCCUCUCCGGAUGAGCGAGCAGAACGGUCGCCGCGUGCAGUUCUGCUCAGCCUGAAGCUGCCCCUGUGGCAGCGGUACGCGGAGCUGGUGCACCAGCAGGAGCAGCAGUCGAAAAAGCUGGAACAGAAAAUCGAGUUGCUGGAAAGCCGCAAGCGCCUUCCCAUGCCACGAAGGAUCCGAGAGCUGGAGCGGCUGGUUGCCGUGCAGAAGAGGGAGAUAGAAACACUUGUCCUGUCGAACAGCAGAAAUCAGUUUGCUGACAAACAUCAGAAUUGGCUUUCGACCGGAAGAACCGCGGCCCGGAACAACGGUAACGCGGGAACAUUAAGCACAGACCAGCAGAAAAACCCGAAAGGAUCGCCGACUACAGGAGCAGCAGCUAACACCGCGGACCAGCAGCCCGCAGGCUCAGGCAGCCGCGGCUCGAGCGCGAAGGAAUUUUUCCAUAAGCUCCUGCAGAAAUAUCAGCGGCUGGAGAAGGACUACGCCGACACACUGAUCGAUCUGAAGCGCAUCGCAACCAACGAAAAGAAGCUGCAGCAGGAGAACAAGCAGCUGAGGCAACAGCUGUCGACCUACGAACAAGAAGAAAACCUGAUUGACCGAUUACUUGCGAGCGGGGCCGGCACGAACGAAGCUGGUGGUGGGUCUUCUGCUUUGGAACACACCACCAGUGACCACCUAGGUUCGUCCAGGCAGCAAAUGACAGGACUGAAGCUGAACAGGACGCCACGAAGCGCUCGGUCUAUCCAGUUUGCACAGUAUCAACUGAACAAGCAGGCACGGGGUCUGAAGAGUAAAAAUGCAGCGACAGGAUCUGCAUAUGCUGGAACAAACAACAGCUCGCAAUUCCCAACCAGUAGGAGAGCACGGAGAGCGGAUUACGACAAGCUGCAGCGAACGUACUUUCCUCGCAGCAAGGAUCUUGUCGACCUGAAAGAAAUCGCAGCCGCUGCGCAAAAAGCGGGGGUUGUUGAUAUUGCUGCGGGAAUUCACGCGGCAGGAAGCAACACCGGCGCGACUAGCGCCACAGCUUCUGCAAAGAAGGCGCAAGACCCAGCUCUUCCGGUGAGCAAUCCCUCCCUGCGAGGUGCGACGUUUCUUCCCGCGAAAAGGUUGGGAUGAAGGUGUGGUCAGCCACAACGCUAUGAUCUUCCCAAUAACUUCGCAUGCAGUGCCGAACGCACUCUUCAUGCUGCCAAGCGAAAAUAUAUCUGUAUGAUGAUCAUGAGGAUCUGCAUCUUACGAGCUAGUCUGGCUGCGUUUCGGCAGUCGCAUUCACGUCCGCAU